AUGGGAGCAAGUGAUUUAAAAAAUAGAUGUUCUAUAACAAUAAGCUCCACUUAUCUACUGUCUAUGGUCGUCGCAGGAAUCCUCAGAUUUUGUAAGAUACAAAGAGAUUGGAGUAAUUUACUUAAUGCCGCAGAAGCGUUGGUGGAGCUUUCAUUCAUCAUCGAAAUAUCAAGCUACUGGCUAAUAAGAAUAUGGAGAAAGAAUCUCGCAGAAUCUCAAGGGAAAAUAUCAUAUCUUGUUAACUGUGUUUUUCUGUAUAUUUGCUCAAUUUUUAUUUUUUUAUUGGUUCCAAGUUUUGUAUUUUUUACUGCCAUGGGAAAAGUAAAGAACACCAGUAAGUUCAUUGGUGAAAGCAGUCCUUCCAUAGCUUUAGUAUAUAUAAUAUUCAAUUCUUUGGAUGUUUUGCCUAGAUCAAUGCUUAAAAAAUAUGAGUUCGAAAUUUUGGUCCAUAUUGUUAUUCAAGCAGUUUUAGUUGUUUCCAUGAUUAUUUCAUGGAUUUGGAAAAGAGAGGACAUAUUACCGUAUGCUUGCUUGGCUUGUGGCCUUGGAAUGGGAGUUUUUUCACUAUGGAAAGAAUUAUUGAUAUUAAAAUGGGGACGUUUAGAGAAGUAUAGUCCUGGUUAUAAUAGGAUAAGAUUUAUUACGGUAUUGGUGUCUAUAUUUAUUUUUUAUACAUUUAAGAUUCAAAUACCGGAUAAUAUAGAAGAUAUCCAGCGUCCUUUAAAUUGA